AUGAAUACUAAAUAUAACACAACAACAAACCCAAACCCAAACCCACACCAAACCACAACACCACAAACCCUACCCCAACACCCCAAAACAAACCCAAACCACAAAACCCAACACCAAAACCCAAACCACACCCCAAACCACAAACCCAAACCCCAACCACAAACCAACCAACACAAACCCAACCCAAACACAAACCCAACACACCAAAACCAAACCAAACAACAAAACCCAAACCCACCCCAACCCCAACACCCAAUACCCCAACCCAAACCCAAAACACCAACCACUAACCCAAAACAAACCCAAACCACCCAAACCCAACACCAAACCCACAACCCCACACCCACCAAACCAACACCCAACCAACCCACCCACCACAACCCCAAACCACACCCACCAAACCCACACCCCACAACCACACAACCAACACCCCCAACACCCAAACCCAACCCACCACACACCCACAACCCCCACCACCCACCCAAACCCACCACAACCCCCACACCACCCCACACCACCCCCAACCCCAACACAACACCACACCCCAACCCAACCCCAACCACAACACCCACCCAACACCCACACCCCCACCCAACACCAAACACACCACCCAAACAACACCCAAACCACCCACCACCAAACCCAACACCCACACCCCCCAACCCCACAACACCACACCCCAAACCCCAACCCACCACCAACACCCCAACCCCACAACCACCAACACCACCAACACCAACCCCACCCACAAACCAAACCCCACCCACCCACCCCAACCCACACAACCCCACCACCCAACCCACACCCCCCAACCCCAACCCCCACCCACCACACCCAACCCCACAACACACCCACACCCACAACCCACCCACCACCCCCACACCCCAACCAACACCCCCAACACCCACCACCCCCACCCAACCCAAACCACACCCACCCCACACCCACCAAACCACCCCCAACCCCACCACCCACACCCAAACACCCACAACCCCAACCACCCCCACACCCACACAACCCACCCACCCACAACACCCACACCCAACACCCCACCAACACCACCCCACACCCAACCCCCACACCCACAACACACCACACCCCACACCCCCACACCAACCACCCACACCCAACCACCAACCCCAACCCCCAAACACCCACCACCAACCCCAACACCCCACAACCCCACCACAACACCACAACCACACCCAACCCCCCAAACACCAACCCCAACACCCCACCACCACACCCCACCAACCACCCAACACCACAACCAACCCCCCCACCCCACAAACCACACCCAACACCCAACCCACCCCAACCACCAACCCCACACAACCCCACACCAAACACAAACCACCCAAACCCCACACACAACCCACAACCACCACCCCCAACACCCAAACACCAACCCCACAACCCAACACCCAACCCACCAAAACCCAACCACCAACACCCAACACCACCAAAACCAACCACCACAACCACAACACCAACACAAACCCCAAACCACCAACCACAAACCCCAAAAACCACACCCACAACACAACCCACAACCCACAACAACCAAAACCCACCAACACCCAACCCAACCACAAACACAACACCAAACCCCAACACCCAACACCAAACACCAAACCCCCAAACUCACACCAAACUCCCACAAAACACUAA